AUGUGCUCCAGCCGGAAGAUCCUGUGGAGCCUGCUGCUGCUGUCAGUGUUGGAGGUGGGUCUGGGAGUGACCAGUAUCGUCCUGGGAGCCGUGGGGCUCAGCCGGGUCAGCCGGGUCAGGGAGGAACACAAGCUGCAGCAAGGAGACGCUUCUCCCGUCUGGAGCGGCAUGUGUUUUCUAAUCUGUGGGAUGUGUGGAGUGCUCUGUGCCAGGAAGAGGACUGGACUCAUCAUGAUUCUGUUCUCAGCUUGCUGUAUCUGUGGUCUGAUUGGAGGGAUUCUCAACUUCCAGUUCGUUAGGGCGUUGUCACGACGACCGGACUCUCUUCGUUCCCUACACCUAGCAGCCAUGACUAUUGCCUGCCUGGGUAUCUCUUCCUGUACUCUCUCAACCUGGUUGACCUGUCGUCUGGCCAGUUCAGAACAACAGAGGAUGUUUCUGGAGAGAGAACACUCACUGCAUCACUCACACGAGAUGGCUGAGAAGGAUUCAUACACACACGGAUCUUUUGAGAUCCUUGACAACUCCAGCAAUGGGAUUCCCCAGAUCUCCUACAAUGCUAACACCACAUCUCCUUGACAAUGGACACUCCUUGUUGCCCUGACAACUGGCACAUCUUGUAACCCUGACAAUGGAACCACCUUGUUGCCCUGACAAUGGACACAACUUGCUGCCCUGAUG